UGUCCCAUAUCGGCUGAGACUGCUAGUCAGUGUGUGUUGGAUUGGGGUUUACAGACAGUCUAAACGUCAGGUCCAGAAGAGUUCACCGAGUUUAUAGAAUCGAAGUGUCCAGUCCCUUCAGAUGUUAUUCGGGGGGAUGGUGGGGACUCCACAAGGGUCUGGUCAAUUGGGUCGACUCCGGACACCUUUUCCAAUGUGCGUAAAACGGUUUUAUAUCCUCGUUCUCUUUUCCGGACUAGCAACUUCAGGCGUGUUACCGGUCAGUGGGAUGAGAGUGUACACGUCGGGGGAGGUGGAGGCGGUGAACGGCACAGAUGUGCGGCUGAAAUGUACCUUCCAGAGCAGCUCGCCCAUCACCCCAGCAACGCUCACUGUCUCAUGGAGCUUCCGCCCCCUCGAACCUGGCCGUGAGGAGUCAGUGUUCUACUACCAUGAGAGGCCUUACCCUCCCCCAGAAGGGCGUUUCCAUAAGCGGGCGACAUGGGCGGGUGAUAUCAUGGGGCGGGACGCCUCCAUCGUGGUGCGUGAGGUCAAGUUCACCUACAACGGGACGUUCAGCUGCCAGGUGAAGAACCCUCCGGACGUCCACGGCAACGCGGGGGAGGUGAAACUGACCGUGGUCACCACAGCCUCCUUCUCUGAGAUUGUCAUUCUGGCUGUAGCCAUCGGGGGCGCCAUCAUGCUGAUGGUCAUCCUCCUCGUCAUCAUCAUGUCAAUAAGGCAAUGUCUCAAGAAGAGACAGGAGGAGUGGGUGGAGGAACUGCCUCGCAGAGAGAGAAAGGACCCUACAGUGUGGUAAGACGGAGAGAGCGAGAAGGAGCGAGAGAGAGUGGGAUCUCUCCAACCUGUCUUCACUCUGGCUGGGCUCUGUGGUGCUUACCUCUGUGACAGGGCUCAGUCAAUUGCUCUGUCUGCGUGGACACUCUCCUCCGAACCUAGCAUUGGAACCAAAACCUGGAUCUAUCGCUGGGCAGAUGUUUUUACAAAGAGCAGAUUUCAAUGCUAAAAGUGCCUUAGAAUACGACUGUAGAUGAUCCAUCUGCUGGAUCCUGUAUCUUAACGCCAUGCACCUUCUGGAAAGACAGUAGGCCUGCAUUCAUAUUUUCCUGUAUAUCAAAUGGGCUUCUUAACACAUUUCCUGUUUAAGUGUAGAUGUUUUAUGAGAUAGUUGUGGAAAAUAAUGUACAGUAUUUCUAUUGUGAUUUACUACUACCAGUUUCAAACUCUAACGUCUGCCAAAUCAUUUUCCAAUCGCAUAGGACUUAGUAAGCCAAUGCCCAUGGUUGUAUAGGUACCAGCAGUCUCUCUCUCAUCUGGCUCAAUGCAUUUCAACCGCAAGUCCGCGACAAGAUGUCUUUACAUUUCUGUCUUAGUUUACUGCUGAGCAAUGAUAUUUGAUUUUGUCCUGAAGUGAUUUUGUAUUUCUAAACAGAUGUGUUUUUUUUAUCAGUGAAAAUGUUCAACUACUGCAGAAAUACUCAAAAUGCUGUCAAUAUUCACUGCAAGACCUAAGGCACUUGCUUAAAGCAGACAUUUCUCAAAUAUUAUAAUCAACAUACAGUUGAUUAUAUCAACAUUGUUAAAUCAUUAUUUUCAAAUUAUUAAACAUUUCAAAUAAUUGACUAUUUCAAUACGACUGUCACCGUAUUGUAGUUUUUUCACCUUUAGACGGUUGAAACCUUGUGUCUGUUUUAGACAGUGCAAUUAUGGUCAGUUGAACACAUCAAAUGAUAUAUUAGUAGUGUUCUUUAUCUAUGUAUGGAUGAAGGGACUACUUUGCCUCUCAUUCUGUUGGGUUUUCAGAUCCCUCUGCAUUGGGUGCUUCUUUAGGUUUCAAUUUAAACAACGUCAUGUGUAACCACAUAUGCCUCACCAACAAAAGCCAACUCUACUACUUGGCGAUGGAAGUAUUUUUCUUUUACAACAACAAAAUCCAGACCAAUUGAUUGAUCCCGAUCAAACAUGGUGUUCCAAGAUGGUAUCGCUUGAAGAGUUGUUAUUUUCCUAUUCAUUGAAGAGGUGGCUGCCUCUCAUCUAAAAGGCUAAUUCAUGCUCAACCUUUCCCGAUUUUGAUCUCUGCGUGUGCGUAUGUUCGUGUUUGUGUGUGUGUCCCUGUUCCUGGCCUUGUCUUCUGUGUGUGUGUGUGUGUGUGUGUGUGUGUGUGUGUGUGUGUGUGUGUGUGUGUGUGUGUGUGUGUGUGUGUGUGUGUGUGUCUUAGCCACCCUGUAAG